CAUAGCUUUAGCACCUCUCAUAUUUCAACAACACACCAACUAAUCGUUACGAAAUUUCAGGCUGCUUCCACAAUGUCUCAUUAUAGCAGAGGACGUCUGACAGAGAUCGGGGACCUGACAACAGGCCUAGAGACCCAAGGGGGUGAAGCCACAAGACAGGGACGCGAGGCUCAAUCAGAGCGUGAAAUUAGAGAAGCGCAAGAUAGACUCAGAACCAUACGUCGUAGCUCAGAGGACUUGAGAGGUGAGCUCGAACGAAUGAAGCAAGCCAAGACUCGGGCCAGCACAUCGAGACGGGACGUUAGACCUUCUUUCCAAGCACAGCCUUCGUCAUCUAGCGGACAAUCCCACCGACAAAUGUCCAGCUCCUCAAACACUGGCUCAACAUCGGCGCCGCAGAGAUCUAGAGACGAGAGUAGGAUGGCACAAAGUUCAGGAGGAUUCGGGCUCAACAUGGCACCUCAAGCGUCAGGUGUAACAGCUCCCCGUGCGCCAACACCCUCUGGACAAGCAUCAUCGAGUAGCUCAAGCGAGGCUGAAUACGAUGGCGGCCAGGGCUCCCCCUAUGCUGGGAGUCGAACUCGAUUCCAAGACACUGCUGCGGCUCUUCCUACUCGUUCAAAUACAGAACGUGUCCAAGGGCAUAGAUCGGAUCAUGGCCCUGUAUCAGGAAGUGGAGACUAUAAUCCACCGGCAAACCCAAGCCAGGGAACGAGUAGGCCAUCACACUCUUCACACAGACGAUCAUCGUCAAGUCCUUCCAAUACCUUCGCAGGAAGUAGUCGCCUACAAUCAACAGGAAGGCCGGCACCGUCGAGUCUAGCCAUGGGCCAGCCUGAGCAAAGGGACGUACCAAUACCACCCAACACAGCGAAUCCAGCGAGGCAACCGUAUCGAUUUCCUCCGCUGAGCGCCUCAGGGGCAGCCAAUCCAGGUUACUAUGGAUCAGGUGCAUCAGGGAAUCGAUUGCCACAUUUACGGGCACCUUCCAACGUUGGCCCACUGACAACGCAGAUGCAACAGCUGGGUUUCAACGCAUAUCCGCAAUCAAGAGCUCCCACAGCAUCAGGAUCAGGUCUACCACUGUCAGGGAGUCCUUUGGGGUAUCAGCAACAACCUCCUCUUCGGCGAGCAAGCAGUCCAAACACGCGCACAACCCUCUCUCAGAACAUAUCUGCCCCACGGCGGAUGUCCACACCGCCUCUAGGAGUUAACGCUAUGUCAAGUUCGUCUAGGUAUCCCGUCAGUCACCAGCAAACACCGACCACCAGAAGGGAUAUGAGCCCAGGCCGUUCAAGUCCUCAAGUUCAUAGUACUCCAAGACAAUCAGGAACACGGCCCCUGUUUGGAGGAUCGAUUUCGGCCGCAGGCUCAUCAAUCCAUCCCGCAGGCCAAUCCGGGCGACCUAGUGGACCAAGAGGAAGGGAUUUCAGCCCACUGAGAACUGGACAUUAUGGUACGUCAAGUCAUACGCGUGGAGUGACACCGCCGAGAGGUACCAGAGGGAGAAGGCAAUAAUCAUAGGAGUAACAGCUAGGAAAGGUUAAGUUGUUUGUAUAGUGUAAUGUUUCUGCAG